AUAUAUAUAUAAUUAUUUUGGGGGACAUUUUCUCCACCCCUCGUUUCUUUCUGUUCCGAUUGUAAUUUUGUGCGAAAGGAAGUUAUGAACAACUGCAAGUCAGGAAGUGGAAAUCCACACCGGUUGUGACAAGCUGGGGCUAAAAAACUAUUUCAUUAUUUAUAUAGAUGUGUCUAUCAACAUUCUGCUUUUCAUCCAAAGAAUAAAGGGAAAUACCGGCUGGUCCCAUGGUUGGAGCUGAAUGACAGACCCCAUCUGAGGAAAGGAAGGACUAAAUAUAUCAGCUAAGAACACCACUGUUAUUUAUUGAACUCCAGAGAGCUUUUUUUUUUUUCUUUAACCCAAAGACUGAGCGAGAGAUUUAACGGGUCAUUAAAAGGGGGAGAGAGAGAGAGAAAAAAAAAAAAGCCCCUUUUUUUUUUGCUUCUGAAGUGCAGCUAACGUCAAAAUAGGAGCAGUACUUAAGACAGAUACUCAAAUUAAGGCUUUACAUGAUGAAUUUUCUAUCCUAUGGAUAUCAGUUUUGAGCUUACAAACCAAGAAGAUCUGUAAUUGAUCUAGCACCAGAUAAUUUCAAUGCCUAAUAUUCCCCAGGAUUGCUGGAGUACCCUCGGAGCUGCGGGCUGUAUUCAGGGUAUGCCAUGGGCUGUAUUCAGAGUAUCAGCUGCAAAUCCAAAGUUUUCCGGGAAAGUAUUUCAGUGAUUGAAGUCAAAGCCUCCAUCGAUCCCAUUCCCACCAGCAUCGACGAGUCCUCCAGCGUGGUCCUGCGCUACCGGACCCCUCACUUCCGAGCCUCUGCCCAGGUCUUGGUGCCCCCUAUUCCCAAGAAGGAGACCUGGAUCGUGGGCUGGAUCCAGGCUUGCAGCCACAUGGAAUUUUACAAUCACUACGGGGAUCAGGGCAUGUCAAGUUGGGAGCUUCCAGAUCUACUGGAUGGUAAAAUCCAGGCCAUCAGUGACUCAGAUGGAGUGAACUAUCCCUGGUAUGGAAACACGACAGAAACCUGCACCAUCGUGGGUCCCACCAAGAAGGAGUCCAAGUUCAGCAUCAGCAUGAACGACAACUUCUACCCCAGCGUGACGUGGGCCGUGCCCGUCAGCGAGAGCAACGUGGCCAAACUCACGAGCAUCCACCGGGAUCAAAGCUUCACCACCUGGCUGGUGGCCACCAACACGGCCACCAGCGAGAUGGUGACCUUGCAGACUAUCAAGUGGCGCAUGAGGCUGGGCAUCGAGGUGAACCCCAGCAGGCCCUUGGGGCAGCGUGCCAAGCUGCAGGAGCCCUCUGCUCAAGAGCAGCCCCAGGUCCUUAGCAAGAAUGAGCCAAUACCACCCAGUGCCCUUGUCAAACCCAAUGCCAACGAUGCUCAGGUACUCAUGUGGAGGCCAAAGGAUGGACCACCACUUGUGGUGAUACCACCGAAACACCGAUAAUCCAAACCUGGCGUCCCGGCACCGAAAGGGAGAUCAAAAAAAAAACAACCAACAACCACAAACCCCAACCAACAAAGCAAAACAAUCACUUAGGUGUUAGAAUAUACAUGUGUAAUCUGAGCAAAAUCAAAAUGCACUUUUUACUCAUUCAACAAAUGCAACCAUUCUACCUUCUCCCAUUGGGACGGAUUUCACUGUGCUAAAGCUAAAGAGGAGACCUCUGACUGGGGUCUGUCUCAUCACUGGAUUCCUAAGGGAAAAAAACCAACACUGAUGUCUACCCCUAGAGCUCUUUCUUUUUUUUUCUUCCCUACUUUAGUUACUCUUUGAACUUCAGUCUCAUUAGCUUGUCCAGAACAAUAAGAACAUUUUCUUUGGGAUCUAAAGAGUCUUUUUUUUUUUCCUUUUUUUUUUUUUUUUCCCCAUUGAGAACAAAACAAGUUCUUGGAGCAAAAAGUUGACUAUUUAAGAUCAGGAAUUUUGUUGUUUUUGUUUUUUUUCUUUUGAGCUGUCAGGUUCUGAGUUGCAAAUCCAAGUCAUGCGGCCUUAUGUAGACUUUGCUUUGCAUUGCCAAACUUUUGCCUUAAAGCUACGUUUGAAAACAAACAAACAAAACAAAACAAAACCAACCAACACCAACAAAACCACCAACCAGGCAGAAUGUCCUUUCUACGGAAGUUCUGGGAGAAAGUUUUGGAACAAGGAAUAGAUUGUCAGCACGUCACAGGCUGCUGGAUGAAAAGGGCAUGAAAUGGGAAGAAGUGGGGUUAAAAAAAGAAGAAUGAUCUUCCUGGUUGUAAAACCUGGAACAAGGAAGCUUGGAAUUAAUCUCAGUUUCAAAGCAAUGCAAAUAACAAGCCUGCUGUAGGAUGUCUCUUGAGUGGGAGCUACCAGGCCAUCUCCCUGCUUGGCAGAAGCUCAGUCUCCUGUUGGCAUCACAAAAGGGGGUAAUCUCACAGCCAGAAUGGCCCUGGGAGUCACCUUCAAUGGAGAUGGGGAUGUUCCGUUUGGGGCAUGCAGCUGUUUGCCCCACUAGCCCAUGGUCUCACCUCCUCGUGGUGUAAGAGCCCAUGGCUCGUGUCCUGGCUGGUGUUGGGUGACCCUGCUGCCCCUUUUCCCCAUGAAAUCCAAGUGAUGGUGCUGAAAGGAGAGCAGGAUAUAAAAAGGAUCCUUCUGAAGUCAUUGG